CCUUGUUUUAAAUAACUAAUGUUGUAACAUAAAGGAGAGUUUUAGGAAAUGUUUUAAGCAUUUUCAAGACAUACAUUAAAAAAUGAGCUAAGAAAAUUUUGGAUAUAUUCUGGUUCGCUUUUAACAGAAGGAAGACAGCCUAAAAACAUGGGAAGUGGUCUUUUUCAAGCUCUUCGGGAACCUGGUCGUCCCACUUACUACGAAGAGAACAGAUGGCCUGUAACGGCAGAUACGGUGGUGUAUGGCAUUAUUUAUGGCUUCUUGGCAAUUGCCUUCUCCAUGUAUGUGGCUAUCAUUGGCAUUCGAGGAGUUGAAAGAGUAUAUGUAUUUACCAGGGUUACAAUAAGUCUCUUCAUUGGUGCUGUCAUAUUAGUUUGUAAUUUCGGUUACGGCUGGGAAUAUGGAUCUGUCGAGGCCCUAACACCUUACAAGUCUUUCGUAAAACAACAAGUCAAAGCUAACAUUGGUUUGAAAGUUGGUUUAAGAGGCAUCAAUGUUACAUUAAAAGGUAUCCCUAAAUUGCAAAUCAACGAGACAAUCAAUUACAAUGAACGAUUCUCUUGGGAAUGGGGUCAAGGAAAGCCUGGCUUUGGAGAUGAAGCGGGGAGGUUGCAAAAGGAAUAUCGUGCUGCGCAGAGGAAAGGUCUGCCAUACCCGAUCUUAUGGACUGUAGAAUACUUCACUAUAGAUGAAGGAAAUUUUCGUCAUGGGCGAUAUUACCGAACUGCUGGUUGGUACUGUCACAUUGCAUUAUGGAUGGCUUUUCCAUUAUGGCUCCUUACAAAUAUUUUAUUCUUCAUGGUUAUUCGUUACGGAGCCUACUUCUUAAGUUUGACCGGAGGAUGCUUACUACUGGCCAAUAUCUUAUUCGCUUCCAUCCGAAAUGCGGUACCUGUUGAGAUAAGAUUUGAUUCUAAACCUCUUGUUCUUCAUUACGGAUGGUGCUUCUGGUUGGUUCUUUUCACAGGAUUACUUUGCGAGGUAUUGGUGGUAAUCAUCAUCUUCAUGGAUUUGAGAUUCCCAGAAGAAAUAGCUGUGUUUUUUGGCACUAAUAUCCUUCAGGAUUAUGAAGACUACUACGUAGACCCAGCACAGCUUGGUCUAAUACCUCCAGAAGUGGUAGCUGGUACAUCGAGUCAGAUUGACGGUGCUUCUCAGAAGAGAUCCUCUCAGGAAGUGUACACGCUUCGCAAACGGACCAUGUCAACCCGAUUCCAGAGAUCAUCACAAAGACAUCCGAAUCCUAUGCCUCGGCAAAGAAUUGCCAAAGGUCAAACGAAACGGGCAUCAGAAUUACCUGUGUAUGAAAAUCUCAGUCUUAUGCGGAGAAAUUUUGCCGAUUUGCACAAUGCCUAUUCCUAUAAAACUUUUGAAAAUUCGAAAGAACAAGAGCUUUGAUCCUAUAGGUGAAGAAGAGGAGCCUAAGACUGGAUCAUUCGAAAGGAUUCUUCUCAGAGAUAUCAAAAGUUUGAACGAGAGGCCCGAAACUUAAUCUCAUCCUGUAAAACUUUUAUAAAAGCAGAUUAUUAGUGGAUUAUAAUUCAGUACAUGAGUCGUUUGUGUCACAAUCAACUGGUCUAUCAUCUCGUUUCUCUAAAGUGUUCACUUUUAGAAUAGCGAGUUUAUGAUAUCAGUAGUAUUUUUCAGUAAAAUCCAAUUGUUUAAAUGGAAACUUUAAUUGCAAUUUAAACACAACUGCACAACUGCCGCUUGUUUAGAUUGUCAGCGUAGAAAUUUGGUUAAUGGGUUUUGCUGGAAUUUUAUUAUGAGGGUAGGAAUUUAAUUAGUGUAUUUUGUUGCAGUUUUUUUAAAGGACAAUAAAAUAUUUCUAUGCAUUUUUAUGCGAUUUGUUUAGAAGCAUAGAAUUUUUUUAAUUUCAAUUUUUAAAAUUAUUCCAGUUUAAAACAAUUACAAAAAAAUUCUUUACAAUUCAAGUAGAUAUUUAAAUUGAAACUUUAAUUGCAGUUUGUGUAGAUAUAGAUAUAUUGUCGAUAUAGAAAUUUAGUUAAUGCAUUUUGACGCAGUUUUUUUAAUGACAAUAAACUAUCCCUAUGUAUUUUGAUGCAAUUUGUUUAGAAUACCAGUGUAGUAUUGCAACUGAUUUAGAUUGUCAAUGUAGAAAUUUAGCUAAUGCAUUCUGAUGCAAUUUUCUUGGUGACAAUAAACUAUUCCUGUGCAUUUUGAAACAAUUUUUUUAAUAAAAAUAAACUACCCCUACGGAUUUUGAUGCUAUUUGCUUAGAUUCUCAAAGUUAAAAUUUUUUAAUUUAAAGACCACAACAAACAUGUAUGUAAGAGAACAAUAAUUGAAGAACAACUUUAAGUACUAUUUAUGAUAUUCUUUGAAUUAUUUUUCAGUGUACAUAAAUCUAGACAUUACAAGCAUAUGAAUAUGUAGCACAUUAAAAAGUUAAUAUUUGUUUAAUUAAAUAUUAUUUAUAUACUCA